AUGGGUUCACAGGCUUACGACCUCAAACCUCACAUCAGGAUGGACUUUCAACUGUUUUCCCUAUUGAUGCUCUUCAUGGCCUGUGUGGAGCAGAGCCUAGCUUCGUGUGUUGUGGAGAGCUUCACAGUGAAGGAGGACUUUGAUCCCAAGAGGUAUGCAGGAAAGUGGUAUGCUCUGCAGAAGAAGGACCCAGAGGGGCUCUUCCUCCAGGACAACAUCUCAGCUGAAUACACUAUUGGAGAUGACGGUUCCAUGGUGGCCUCUUCCAAGGGCAGGGUCACACUUUUUGGGUUUUGGGUUGUGUGUGCUGACAUGGCUGCUCAGUACACUGUGCCCGACCCUGGCACUCCUGGCAAAAUGUUCAUGAACUACCAAGGACUGGCCAGCUACCUGUCCAGUGGAGGUGACAACUACUGGGUGAUUGACACCGACUAUGAUAACUACGCAAUCACGUACGCCUGCCGCACUCUGAAGGAUGAUGGCUCCUGUGAGGAUGGCUAUGCCCUAGUGUUCAGCCGCAGCCCCCGUGGUCUUCCCCCCGCCAUCCAGAGACUUGUGCGCCAGAAACAGGAGGAGGUUUGCAUGGGAGGACAGUUCCAGCCCGUGCUCCAGUCUGGAGCCUGUUAA